CGUGACUUCCUGGCGGAAGUGGGUGGCUUCUCCGGGUCCGGCUGUCGAGGGCGCCUCUGAGCAUGGGCAGAGAGCCUCGCGGGGGGCAGGGGCUCCGGUCCCCCCCGUCGGUCCCCCGCUCUUCCCGCCUGUAGGUCCCGCUGCGGAGAACCCAGAAUGGCCGCCGCCCCCGCCUGGUGGCGCUGCUUCUUCCUCUACGACGCCUCGAAGGUGCGGGGCGAAGGCGACCCCACCCACGCCGGGAUCUGCUGCUUCUACCCGCGCCAGGCCCCGCGCGACGAGCAGGAGCUGCUGUGCGGGCAGAUCGCGGGCGUGGCCCGCUGCGCCCUGGAGAUUUCCGGCUGCCCGCCGGGCCUCAUCCGGCUGCGGAAGCUGAAGUUCGCGCUGGAAGCGCAGGGCAGCUACCUGUGGGUCCUGGGCUGCACCGCCGACCUCUCGGACCUCAGCUGCAGGCGGCUCCUGGAGCGGCUGGUCGGCCUCUUCCGCUUCUACAACGGGCCGGCUUCCAGGGCCUACGCGGAGCGCUCACAGGAGGACCUUGACCGGGAGUGGGAACUCUACGUGGGCCACCUGCAGCAAAACUCCAGCGACCUCCACCGGGUGUUUAAUUCCCUCUGGGCCUUGGACAAAACCAAGGUGGACCCUUUGCUCUUGUUGAAAGCUGCCCUCAUCCUGCAGAGCUGCCAGCGUUCUCACCACGUGCUGGCGGGCUGCAUCCUCUAUCGGGGCCGGGUGGUUAGUACACAGCUGCCACCUGAGCUCACUGCCAGAGUUUUGCUGCAGAAGGGAUCAGAGGAUGGAAGUAGUGGGCCGGAAAAGGGGGCGGCGCAGCUCAAAGAGGGCAGUUCCCUGACCUCUUUUGCGCUGACAACUUUACCACCAGGGGUCUGCAUCACACCUGUUUACCUCUUGGAGGACGAAGCAGCUGCCCUGCGGGAACUGCCUGUAGAGUGGAUGACCAGGGCUGACCUGGCCAGCAGCAAAGGGAGUGAGGCUCCCGCAGGAGGGGCAGAUGGAGCCCCCUUGGUGAGGAUGGCCUUGUACGUUCACCACAUUCGGGGCUUGGUGCUGGCCCUCGUGGCUGAAGAGCCCUUGGUGAGCUCCGCAGACUUCAUGGAGGACGUGUACCACAGCAGCCUGGCUUCUCUGAACGGUCUGGAGGUCCACCUGGCAGAGACCCUUCCCAAGGGCCCCCUCCCCUCGGCCAGGAGCACCUAUAACUUUGCUCACCAUGACGCCAUCCAGAACAUCCUCACCACAUCACUGAUGGCGCGACUUGUCCCUUCAGCCAACGUCCUGCAGGCCACGAGCCCCGAGGACCAGCGCUUCCUGCAAGCCACCGGCCUGAUCCACACCACCUUUGAGCAGCUACCCGCCACCUCUGAAUUGACGCUCAGAAAUGCCAGCACGGCCGUCUAUGGCUGCCGGAAUGCCGUCCAGGAGAGCUACUUUCAGCAGAGGGGUUCGCCACCCUACAACUCAGGGGUGCCCAACCCCCGGGACAGCAUGGUUAGUCUGCCCGGAAAGGCCAGGCUGAAGCUCCUCAAGCACGGGGUGAACUUGCUCUGAGGUGGCCUCCACGCCUAUCCAGGACUGCCUCAGCUCUGGCACAGAAGCCCUGGAAGCCUUCCCACUGCGCUUGGCCCACCGACUCCUUGCCACGUCUUCCCAAGGUGGGCCUGCUGGUGGGCCUGCCUGAAGGAGCCGAGGCCUUAGUCAAACAGAGCAGCACUCGGGUCCUGCCCUUGGGUGGUUCCCCACUUUGGGUGGGGGGGGGGCGCUCUGCUGGGACUCUCUCCGCCCCUCCACCCUCCCCAGUGCCUACGAGUGCAGCGCCCCCCCCCCGCACUUUGGAAAGCGACUUGGCUCCAGGCCAGACCGUGACUGAGGAGUGGGCAGCGGCAGCAGUUUUGGGGACCUUGCUCUCUGGGAGGUGCUUUCUGAAUGGCAGAGGGUGGCACUGAGGGGAGCCUUCCUCUGCCCUGCUCUCACCCGUGUUGCUGCUGGCACUCCUCCAGGCUUUCCUAUUUUGGGGGUGGGGGGGUGGGGGAGCGCGUGCUCUUUGCUAAGGAAUUCCAGCCCCUUCCCCUGCCUUGAGAUGGACUGAUGCCCAUUGCCACUCCCUGCUGUCCUGGAUUCUCUGAAAUCUUUGCUCUGUAGGAAAGCAGCAUGGGGGGUGUGGGGGGGUGGCCUUGAAUAAAGGUCUGGGGGAGAAUAAAGCUGCCGUCUUCUG